AUGGCCGCCGCGGCAGAUGACAACUCGAUGAACGCGCUGCGGUUCCAUGGGCAACAUGACCUGCGAUACGAGAGGAUUCCGAUACCCCAAGUCAAAGCAGGGCAAGUCAAAGUGAAACCGGCAUGGGUGGGAAUUUGCGGAUCAGCUGAGCACCUAGGUGGCGCGAAUCUCUGCCCUACCACGCCCCACCCAAUCACCGGCGAAACGGUUCCACUAACCUUCGGCCAUGAAUUCAGUGGCACAGUAGAGGAAGUUGGCGAGGGUGUUACUGACUACAAAGCCGGCGACAGAGUUGUCAUUCAGCCCAUCAUCUACGACGACACCUGCGGCGCCUGCGAGGAAGGUCUGCAAAAUUGCUGCUGGUCCAACGGCUUCAUCGGCCUGUCUGGUUGGGGCGGUGGUCUUGCAGAUCACAUCGUCGUUCCGACCUCUACUCUGUAUCAUCUCCCUGACAAUGUUCCACUCGAGAUUGGUGCGCUCGUUGAGCCCCUCGCUGUCGGCUGGCACGCAGUCAAGAUCAGUCCUUUUAAGAAAGACAACGUCGCAUUGGUGCUGGGGGGUGGGCCCAUCGGUAUAUCAACAAUCCUAGCUCUGAAGGCGAAAGGCUGCGAUCGGAUCAUCGUCUCAGAAGUGAGCAGAAAGAGACAGGAGUUUGCGAGAAAGUUCGGAGCGCACUACAUCAUCGACCCCACCAAGGAAGACCUUGCCAAGCGCUGUCGCGAACUCACCGGAGGUAAGGGUGUACAUGUAGUCUACGACUGUGCCGGCGUCCAGGCUGCUCUCAAUCAGGCCGUACAUGCCACCCGCGCUCGAGGCUGCAUCGUCAACAUUGCCAUAUGGGAGAAGCCUUGCACCAUUUUCACCAACGACUUCAACUUCAAAGAGAGGACGUACAUGGGCAUUGCGACUUAUGAGAUUGGCGACUUCCAGGAAGUGAUUGAUGCACUGAGCAGGGGAGACAUGGACCCGAAAGAGAUGAUCACCCAGAGAAUUGCUCUUACCGAAGUUGAAGAGAAGGGCUUCAAGAGCCUCAUCAACGACAAGGACAACCAGGUCAAAAUUCUGGUGGAGGUUGGCGGAGGCGCAUAG